GUGCGAAGUGCUACUAUCCAGUCACUUCGGGGUGCAACCUCUCCUUCCAUCUGGUUCUGCUAGAGCUUCUUUGGAGUACACGGGACGCAGGCCAAGAUGAAACCAACGAGUACUGUGUCGUCUACUUCUACUGAUGACGACGUUCCGAAGAACUACGUACAACACAUUCUGAGGACGCAAAAGCAGUUACCGCCAGUAACUUGGCACAAUUGGUGGAAGGAGUUGCAAUGGAUCAACGUCCUCGUCCUUACCAUAACUCCGUGUCUCGCGAUCUACGGCGCCUACACCACAAAGCUGACGCGGGAGACUGCCAUCCUCAGUAUUGUCUACUACUUCAUCACCGGACUUGGCAUCACCGCAGGCUACCACCGCCUGUGGUCUCAUCGCUCAUACAACGCUUCCAAGCCGCUCGAAUACUUCCUCGCUUUAGCCGGCGCGGGUGCUGUUCAGGGCGCGAUCAAAUGGUGGUGCCGCGGGCACCGCGCACACCACCGCUACACGGACACCGAGCUCGACCCGUAUUCAGCCCAGCGCGGAUUCCUAUGGUCGCAUCUCGGCUGGAUGGUGGUCAAGCCACGGAGGAAGAUUGGUGCGGCGGAUGUUAGUGAUCUGAGCAAGAGUGCGGUUGUACAGUGGCAGUAUAAGUACUAUUUGUGGUUGAUGCUGGGCAUGGGGUAUACGUUUCCUGCUGUGGUCGCUGGGCUAUGCUGGGGUGACUGGAGAGGCGGGUUCUUCUACGCGGGUGCAUUGCGCUUAACGUUCGUCCAGCACUCUACGUUCUGCGUGAAUUCUCUGGCUCACUGGCUAGGAGAAUCUCCCUUCGACGACAAGCACACCCCGAAGGACCACGUCCUCACCGCGUUGGUCACGGUCGGCGAAGGCUACCAUAACUUCCACCACCAGUUUCCCAUGGACUACCGCAACGCGAUCAAGUGGUACCAGUACGACCCGACGAAGUGGUUCAUCGCUGCCUGCAAGAUUAUCGGACUUGCAUCUCAUUUGAAGACUUUCCCGGACAAUGAAGUCAAGAAGGGACAAUUGACCAUGCAGCUCAAGCGCCUGCGUGAGGUCCAAGACCAAAUCCACUGGGCGUCCGAUAUCAAGGAGCUCCCUGUCAUCACCUGGGAUACUUUCCAGGAACAAUCCGCCCAUCGCCCCCUCGUCCUCAUCGCAGGCAUUAUCCACGAUAUUUCGCCCUUCCUCGACAACCACCCCGGUGGCCGGCACCUACUCGUGCGGUUUCUCGGCAAGGACGCGACGGCUGCCUUCUUCGGUGGUGUGUACGAUCAUUCGAAUGCCGCUCACAACUUGCUGUCGAUGUACCGGGUCGCGAUACUGGAGCAUGGAUACCAGCAAGGCGUGGAAGAGAAAGUUGUGCCUCCGGCGCAGAGGCUGCGGAUCUUACGUUAUAAUGAGAUGGGCUAUGGGAGUUCCUCAGAUGAGACCUUGGUGGGGGACGAGGAAGUGAAACUGUUGUAAAAGCAUAAAUCGGAUUGUCACAUCUCGUUAGCACGAGAACGGCAGGCAAUGAUGUAGAAUGGAUAAUGUUACUGCUCACUCAUCAGCUUCCUGGAAUUCUGGCAACCGCAUUCAAUGGUUGUAAGUCGAGACAAUUACGUUCCCUGUGAGGUGACUAUAUAAGGUGAGAGGUAACAAUAUUGACUCAGAACUGAGAAGCUCAAGAACUUCUACCAAGCUUGAAACGCGAAACGACCUUUCCGAUCUUCACGCAAACCUCGGUCACCUCGAAGCUUCCAACAUGAGGCGACGCCAAUUGCGAAGCGAAAGCAGAGUUAAGUUUGGGUACCAGGUCUACGGGGAGUGCCGGGAUUGUGGGGAAGGCGCUGGCGUCUCGGUUCUGCGACGGGGAUUGCAGAUGGCCUUCAAUGCGAGAGGUCGAGAUGGCCGAAUGUGAUUCAUCGGCGACUGGCGCAGAAGACAAGAGAGCCCAAGCAAAGGAGGCAUGAAAUCGUGGUUCCGAGUAGAACGAUUUCUGGCGGAGGAGCUGGAGGUGAGGCGUCAAGGCUGCGGACAGCUUCGAGAGCUCAGUGUGGCCGGCUCCGACCUCGAGGGUCAGGAAUAUGCGAGUUUGCUCGUCAUUCGUAAGGUUAGAAAAUAUGGCAAACGACGCAGAGAACGAGGAAUGAGAUAGUGUGAUUGACCUGACAGCGCGCGUCAGCUCGUCACGCUGAUGAGCCCGAAGAAAGAUGGGUCGGGAGAGAGAUACGUGCAGUUCGUGCGGCACACUUGGGUCAAACGCUGAUUCAACACAUGAAGUAUCACUGGCUUUCUCCGACUUGAGGCCUCUGAAAGACGCGUCUAUAGGAUGUAGGAUAGGCACGCUCUUCUUCGCCUCUUUGUAUGCUUUCCUCACCAGCCUGAGCAACUUACUCGCUGGUUCCAAGAUCACUGGCACGUAAACAUACGCCGCAUAUUGGCCCUCAAUGUAAGGUGCGGUCCUAAUCCUCCCUUGAUGUAGUGCUGGAUUGUCGACCG